GGGGGGGGGGGGGAAGGCUAGCGGCGAGGGGGGAGGGGGGAGGAAAGACACAGGUCGUACAUCUCUCUGACGGUGGACGUUAGACGAGUGGGUACUUGUGGACGACACUCUUUGGUGUUGGUAGGUGCCGGUGGAUUGGUAGUAGGCGUGCUGGACAACAGGUCGCCGCGUCUGUGUUCUGCACCAUACGACGAGCGAUAGGACCAGGAAGAAGCGUAACGUUUGCUGGUGAGGCAAGGCAAGGCAAGGCAGGGCAAGGCAGGGCAAGGCAAAGUCGCAAAGAACCAGGAAAGUCAAAAGAGCAAGACCUUGUCUGGACUAUGGGCUGCUCACAAUCGUCGGCGGCUGGCUCGUCGGGCCCGCUCACAGGUGUCGUCCCCAAAUGGAAGUCGGACGAGCCUAUGACCAAGGACGAUCUGGCACGUAAGCGCGAGGAGUUUUGGGACACGGCGCCGUACUAUGGUGGCAAUGAGGAGUGCUGGGCAGCACUCAAGUCGGCAGUGGAGGCGCCAUCGCGAUCCGCGGCCAACGACAUCCUCCUCGCCGCCGCCAUCACCGUCCCGUCGGGCGUUCUCACCGAGUCGUACGACCGCCUCGGUUACAAGUAUGAGAUCCCGCUGUACUGCCUCAAGGAGCCGUCAAACAUGGUGUCGUAGCAUCUGUAGCUGUGUGACGGAGGUAAAGCGACUCAUUGGCGUA